AUGGGUACUCCCGAACAGGCCAACAAGCUCUCCAACCUCUUCCUGGACCAGCCGCUGUCGGAGCACGGCAAGCGCUGGGACGGCCUGUGGAAGGAGGAUUUCACACCGUGGGACAGAGCCGGGCCUAGCAUGGCUCUUUACGACGUCCUGACGGGCCGCCCAGAUCUCGUCCCUCCUGUCACCGGCGGGCAGAAGAAGAGAGCUCUGGUUCCGGGGUGCGGGAGGGGUUAUGACGUUUUGCUGCUUGCUGCGUUGGGAUACGAUACUUGGGGUCUUGACUAUUCCGAGGAGGCUACCAAGCAAUCGAUACUCUACGAGAAGAAGGUUGAAGAAGGAAACGACAAUACUUAUGCCGAGCUGAAGAGGGAAGGAGUUGAAAAGGGAAAGGUCACAUGGCUUAAUGGCGAUUUCUUUUCCGAAGAAUGGGUGAACAAAGCAGGCGUGCAACAGUUCGACCUCAUCUACGAUUACACCUUUCUAUGUGCCCUUCCCAUCUCGGCCAGACCCGCAUGGGCACGACGAAUGGCGGACCUUCUCGCCCCGGAAGGUCGACUGGUUUGCCUUCAAUGGCCAACCGCGAAGCCGUGGUCAACGGGAGGUCCUCCAUGGGGUGUCUUGCCUGAGCACUACGUUGCCCAGCUUGCCCGGCCUGGUGAAAAGGUUGAAUAUGAAGCUGAUGGCAAGAUUCCGGAGCAUGCAAUGCCCAAGGAUGUCGAACAGGGCGGACUGCGAAGAUUGGAACUAGCCGUGCCGUCUCGCACCCACAACUCUGGUAUUGCCGACGGUGUCUUGCAUGAUCGCAUUGCAGUCUUUGCUCAUUGA